AUGCACGGUAUCAAACGAACCAAAGUCGAUCCAGCGGCGACUGCCGCGCGUCGGGAGAAGGAAAAGGAGAAGCUCAAGGCGUAUCUGGAUCUUGAGAAGCAGAUAAUGGAUAUGGUGGGCACACUUGCAUACAAGAAGCAUAUCUCACGCAUGAUUCAACAGAAAGAAGCCAACGAAUGGUCUCAAGCUGCGUUCCAACUUACAGAGCAGUUUCUGUCUACAAAUCCAGAGCAUUACACUAUAUGGAACUACAGAAGGGACAUAUUCACCAAUCUCAUCUUUAGAGAGCGAGCUCCAGAGGAGAGCCAUAAACUUCUCUUCUCAGAUCUUGGUUUCACAACAACUGCGCUCAAGAAGUAUCCCAAGGUAUAUUGGAUCUGGAAUCACCGACAAUGGUGUUUGGAGAAUAUGCCAGAUGGACCUGGUGACGCCAAUGAUGAGGGCAAAGAGGGAAAAGAUGGAUGGAGAAUGGCCGCAUGGUCUCAGGAGAUGAUUAUCGUCGAGAAGAUGCUCUCGAUGGAUGCGCGAAACUUUCAUGCAUGGAAUUAUCGUCGCUACAUUCUUGCCCACUGCCCUCCGUUACUCAAACGUACAGAUGCAGAAGAGCUGGCAUACACGACUCGACAUAUCGAGAAAAACCACUCCAACUUUAGCGCAUGGCAUCAGCGAUCGCUCGUUUAUGCAAAGAUAUGGAGUGAGAGGCCGGAAAAGAAGGCUGAUGUUCUGGAUGCAGAGUUUGAACUGGUCAAGCAAGCGCUAUGGAUGGCCCCAGAUGACCAAAGUGGAUGGAUGUAUCACCGCUGGUUGAUCGGCAAUGGGGAUGAUCCCACCAUAUUAGAGCGAGAAAUUGGAGUCAUUGAAGAGUUAUUGGAAGAGGAGCCAGAGUCUCGCUGGUGCCUCAAUUCUCUCGUCCAUUACAAGAGACUUUUGCUCCGCCAUCGUCCAGAAAAGGCCGUUCAAAUAACGUCAGAAUCGCGGUCGUCGUUAGAAAAGCUGGCGAAAAUUGACACCAUGCGGCAACGACGGUAUACGGAUAUCGCAGAGAGUUUCUCAUGA